AUGAAACAUAAUUUCCCAGCCCAAAACAAUUUAGGAUAUUUGGAAGAAAUUUGUAACAUUAGGGUGGAAGCCAGCCUGGAGCACAUGUGUAGCAACCCAGGAGUGGCCUUCGAGGAUACUUUUGACAAUGGCAAUAGAAAUUUCAGGAACUAUCAGCUCAGAGAUAGGGAUUUAACUGGUAUCAGUGGACUUCCCCUACUUACUCUACCUCCAUCUCUGCUUCAUUCAGUGGAACCACCACUGCUGAAAGAGUCAGGGGGAGGCUCUCACCAAGCUGGAAGCAUCCUGAACCUCAAAUGUGAAACCUCUGGUUUCCAAUUCAAGACAAGCAAACUUGGCUGGUACUUUUGGGUACCUGGUCAUGCCCCACUAGGACUGAACAAUCUCGUCAGUAGUUCUAUAGAUGUCACUGAAGACCGAAUCACCACCUCUAGGGAGGACAGUGGGAGCCGAAUUUUCCUACAGAUUAAGGACCUGGGCCUUAGAGAUUCUGGCCAAUACCAUUGUGUAAGGAGGGUGAGCCCUGUAGAUGACACAGACAAAUUGAUCUUUGGUCUUGGGACAGAUGUGACUGUGGAGCCUGGACUUGGAAACCCACUGUCACCCAGCGUGUUCUUGGUGAGGAGUCAGGAUGCUAUGGCCUGCCUGAUCAGGAACUUCUACCCUAAGGAAAUCCAUGUGUCCUUGAGAUCCUCUGGGACUUUGAUCUCAGCCCAGACCCAUACUCUGGGUCCCAUGGCUAAUGGCAACUACAAUGCCAUCCAGAUUGGCAGGGUUGGUGAGGAUGAUACAGUAACCUGUUCAGUGAAGCACUUUGGGAAAGAGAUAAAUGUGUCUAACAAGCCAGAUCCUAAGGGACCAGACUCUGCAAUUGCCUCUGGCAAGAAACUAUCUUGUUCUGAUCAGGACCUCAUGGGACCUGAGCAGGGGAACAAGCUACUCUUUGAUGUGCUGGUCCUGAGAUUGCUAUUCAUAAAGACUGUAGCUAUCAAUGUCCUCUUCAGUGCCAUGGCCUUGAUGUUCUGAGGAAGAACCUGAGGAAGAAAGUCUAAGAAGCUACUGCUUGGAUUCUGGACCUCUCAGGGGAUCCCUAGAAUGACUUCUGGAUAACCUCAAGAUAAUUCUAUAAGGAUACCAAGGACCCAAAAUUAUCCCAGUUACAUUUAAUCCCUUUUGAACUGCAGACUCUUUGAUCCUGAGUCUAUGUUCCCCAUGAUAUAGCAUUUCUCAUUUCUUUAGUUCUACAAUAAAGACAAGAAAACCUU